UGUAUAGGAGGGGACAAGAGACAGAAAUCUGUGUCUGUCCCAAUAAAUACAACUGUGGGAGUCUCACUUUCUGUCCCUACUUCCUGUUCUGAGCCUUCUGCUUUUCAGAAACUGUCUGUCUUUCACACUUCUGCUUUUUGUUUCAUUAAAUUGCUUAGCCAGGGGCAUUGCACAAGACCUUGUACAGUUUGUAUGGUGACAUCAGAGCUGUACCCAGGGAUGUGACAAAGACUGUCCCGGUCAUUAUGUAGAAGAUAUUAUGCUGUCUCUGCGUCAGGUUAGAUUGUCCUUUAUAGCUGACUGUUUUGUGAACAGGUUAGAAAAGAUUUCUGUUAACAUCAGACUGUCAUUAGCACAUAGGAAAGUAGCAUUGGACUGUCACUAACAGGCUGGGCACUAGGUGACAUCACACUUUGGAUUCCCACAAAUUGAGCGCAGAUAAUGACUUUACAACGUCAGCUGAGGGGUGAGAGUGACUUUGAGCAGUUGCCAGAGGAUGUUGCUGUGUCCGCGCACAUCGCCGACGCCGAGGAGAGGGGAGGCUUCACUGUGUAUUAUGCAUUUGUUAUUGAAGUUAAAACAAAAGGUGGCGCGAAGUAUUUUAUAUAUCGACGGUACAGCCAGUUCCUUACUCUUCACACCAAGCUAGAAGACCGAUAUGGGCCAGAGCAUGGCAUUGCCCCCUACAUCUGUACACUACCAUCUUUGCCAGGGAAAAUUUUUGUUGGAAAUAAGAAAGAUAUUGCUGAGUCUCGUAUUUCCUCUCUCAGUGCCUAUAUGAAGGCGCUGCUGAGUUACCCUGUCUGGCUCCUAUUAGAUGAAGACCUCCGUAUCUUCUUCUUCCAGACGGUAUCUGACAGUGAACGAGUCCCACGUGCCCUGCGUAGGCUCCGGCCCCAGACUCGGCGCAUAAAGUCAACCUCUGUACACGUUUCAGACAUGGACAGACCUAGAGCAGAGGCACUCUUUGAUUUUAAAAUGAAUAAAACCCCAGAACUGAGUCUCAAGAAAGGAGACCUGGUGUAUCUCCUGAGUCGGGUGAACAGGGAUUGGCUGGAGGGUACAGUGGGCGACCGAACUGGGAUUUUCCCACAGUCCUUUGUGAGAAUAAUCAAAGACCUUGAGCACAACCCAGCAAGCUUCCUACGAUGCUAUUUUCAUGAUGGGGACACAUGCCAGAUCAGGCAAAUCUCAUUAGAGGAGGAUGUGCAGAAACGACCCUCUUAUGAUGAGCUACAUGAUUUAAUAAAAAACCAGUUUCCUGGGGUUAAAGUGGCUCUGAAUAUGUUAGAUUGGGAAGGAGAGCUGAUCCGCCUACAGGACAAUAGCGAUAUGAGGCUGCUUUUCACGCAGGGGAAACGCAAUCCACUGCCUGACAACUACUUCCCAUGGGAACUGCAUGUGACACGUUAUGAUGAUCUGGAUGUGUACAGCACUGGUGCAUGAUGGGAUGUUUGUUGAUGCACAGCUACUGUAUGACAAUAGUGAAGAACAUAGAGAGUUGGAGCUAGUAGAAAAUCACCGCCCAUCAGUUCCUACAUAUGUCUCAAACCCUGUGAGAUAAGCAGUAGUACUUUUAUAUCCAAGCUGCCAUAUGCUCAAUAAAUCCCUACCCCUCCCUGAAGGAGAUAACAGCUAACUGUAAAAACAUAAAACAUUAAUGAGGACAAGCAUGCCCCACAGCCCCCCCCCACCCUCCAAAAAAAAUACACCCAUGUUAGGGUUUGUUUGGUCUCAGUGUAAAUAUAACCGUGACAAACCUUGGCUCACUUUUUCUGAUGUUUAUUUAUCCGUCGUAUUGCUUGGUAAAAAUUAAAGUGAUGAAAAAGUUUUGUGAA